CACCAUACAUUAAUACAGAGUCAUCUCCAUCAUUAACUCCUCAACGUAUGCAUUAUUAUUUUUUUCCUUGACUUGGAACACAGGCCAAAGUGCGUCGGUCGUUAUAAUUUUUGUAACCAGUAUCAGUAACAUUGGAAAGUCGUCUUGCAUUAAUUCCCAGUGUCACAGUGAAGGCGUUGGCUCCAUUCAAUCGGUCAACAAUUCAACUCCGGUCCUAUCUCACAACAUUUACGUCUCAACAGCUCAAAAAAUGGUGCGAAGAGAAGCAGUCUACGUCGUUGGAGUGGGUAUGACAAAGUUCGAGAAACCCGGAAAACGAGAUGACUUCGAUUACCCCCAAAUGGCGAAGGAAGCAGUGACAAAGGCCCUGAAGGACGCCAGAAUUCCCUACGACGAGAUAAAGGCUGCCUGCGUGGGCUACGUCUACGGUGAUUCCUCCUGUGGUCAACGGGCCCUUUACGAAGUGGGACUGAGUGGCUGUCCAGUCUACAACGUCAACAACAACUGCGCCACUGGCUCCACAGCCCUAAUAAUGGCAAAGCAGAUAAUAGAAACGGGGAAAGCCGACUGCGCCCUAGCUCUCGGCUUUGAAAAGAUGGAGCAGGGCUCUUUGAGCGCGAAAUUCCCUGAACGACCGAAUCCCCUUGAGAAGCAUGUCACCCUGAUGGCGGAAAUUGCUGGGCUGAGCGAGAGCCCCAUCACAGCGCAAUUAUUCGGCAAUGCUGCGAUUGAACACAUGCAGAAGUAUGGAACUACACCUGACCAUUUCGCCAAAAUAGCGUUUAAGAAUCACCUGCACUCGGUCAACAAUCCGUACUCACAGUUCCAAGAGAAGUAUUCUCUGGAGCAGAUCAAGAAUUCACCCAAGAUCUUUGGGCCAUUAACUAAAUUACAGUGUUGUCCGACUUCCGAUGGCUCUGCAGCGGUCAUUCUAGCCAAUGAGGAUUUCGUUCGACGUCACAAUUUGCAGGGACAGGCGGUUGAAAUUCUUGCUAUGGAAAUGACCAGUGACACUGCUUCGACAUUUUCUGAGCGGAGCUGCAUAAAAGUCGUUGGAUACGACGUGACCAAGAAUGCAGCAGACAAAGUAUUUGCCAGCGUUCCCUACAGUCCCACCGACGUGGACGUUGUGGAGCUCCACGACUGUUUCUCAGCAAACGAAUUAAUCACAUACGAAGCCCUCGGUCUCUGUCCCCCGGGAAAAGCCGGGGAGCUGAUCGACAGUGGGAACACCACCUACGGAGGGAAAUACGUGAUAAAUCCGAGUGGAGGAUUGAUCUCGAAGGGUCAUCCCCUGGGUGCCACUGGCCUAGCCCAAUGUGCAGAACUCUGCUGGCAGCUGCGAGGCCAAGCAGGCAAGAGACAAGUCCCCGGUGCUAAACUCGCUCUCCAACACAAUAUCGGUCUUGGUAGUGCUGUCGUGGUGGCACUGUACAAACUCGGCUUCCCCGGUGGCAUCAGGAAGAACCUGGUGAAUGCAGCAACCUCCCCCGACCAGUUCAAGGCAAAUGUAGUCUUCAAAGUCUUCGAAGUGGCCAUGAAAGAGGACGAGGACAAUCUCAUCGAGAAAUUCCGGGGAAUCUACGGUUUCAAGAUCAUUAAUGGACCCGGUGGGGCUGAGGGAUACUGGAUCGUCAAUGCUAAAACUGGAAAAGGUUCUGUGGAGUUCAAUGGGAAGGACAAACCCGAUGUUCUCUUCACCAUCAGCGACACUGACAUCAUGGACUUCAUCUCUGGUAAACUCAACCCACAGCAGGCAUUCUUCCAGGGGAAAAUCAAGAUCAAAGGGAAUAUGGGGCUGGCCAUGAAGCUGCCUGAACUGCAGAAGAGAGCAGCGAAGAAAAUCGAGCUUCUCAAGGCUAAAUUGUAGGCUGGGCCCUAAUGGGACUAGGAUUAGGUGGGAAUUAUUUCAGUAGGAGAGGAGUAGAACGAGGCGAAUGCAGGGGACAUUGUGAGUUGAAAUUGUGAAUUCUGAUGGUUAUUCUUGAGGCUUGGGGACAAUUCCUCUGGCCAUGAAAGCUCAAAAGGUACAUCUCGAGGGGAGUCAAUUUAUUUCUGCACAUUCCAAACCGAAGCUUUGAGGGUUUAUAGAGGCUGUUACGCUGACAUUGUAAUUAGGUGAAUAGUUUAUUUAUGGAAUGUUCGAGACAUGCAGUAGGUUCGCGCAAUGCGAGUAAAAAUAUCAUACAAUUUUGUUUGUCACCAAUUUCAGAAGAGAAAAAACACUUGACAUGAUUUUAUUGCGAUCAGGGGAGAAUGGAAAUCAUAAUAACAUCACCUUAGUAGGGCCUUUAUGCCGUCAUGAUAUGCACAACACUAUCAAUUUAUUCUGAAUCCUUUGCCAACGUUUCAAGUGCUAAACGCGGUCCUCAGCAGGGCAAUUUUAUUUCAAAUAAUCAUCUGGGACAAAAAUAUACAAGUUCAAGUACAAGAGAGUGGAAAUCAGGGGAAAAAUAAAGAAUGGAAUAAAGCAUAAAAUAAAAGAGGAAUUGCGAGUUUGUUCAAACAAUUGUUCAAAUCGUGGGCAAUGUUUCAAAAAUGGACUUUUCACCUCAUGUAUUUCCAAUCAUUAUAAAUGAUGAGAAUUCAAUUUCAUGAUUGCAAGGUGCAUUGUAAAACUUGAUUUUAUGAAUCAAACAUUAUAUCGAAUACGAAAGGGUUGAGGGGAGGGAGGGACUUUAGUGAUAAUCAACAAUCAAUGAUAAUCAACAAAUUUGUAAUCAAAUAGAUUUUUUAUAUUGAGAAUGUUAUGUAAUAUGUUGUAUACUCAUGUGGUUUUCAAUAAAAUCAAUUGGGUUGGGA